CGAGUCACGUGCGCUCGCGCUCCCCGCUAGCAGCUGUGUCAGAAAGUGCCGGAAGAGACUUCUCUGCAGCAGUUUGUGCGCGAGCGCAGGUAAAAGCCUGCACGCGCUCCCUUUACUCGCAGACAAAGGUGGGCAGAGAACGCGUGAAAAGUGGGACACAGCGUCACAAAGAGCCGCUUCCAGCAGCGCCUCAGAGCUGGAAGUCGUCCUUGUGAGACCGGCUGGGAUGAGGGUGAAGGUUUGAGACCACGUCCAGUAACAGCUGAUCUGGCACGUCCCCCUCUAGAGCCAUAAGUUUUCUACUGAACGCUGAGGCCUCCUGAAAAAGACGCCAUGGCCAACCAGGAGUCUGCCAACGCUUCCCAUGCUACGUUUGACCUUUUCAUCCAAGCCAAGACGUGUCAGGAGGUGAAGCAGCACUUCAGCGAUCUGUGUGUGCAGCUGAAGCUCGAUCCCAAAGACUACAGGAGUUUCUACAGCAAGUUAAAAGAGAGACUGAACUACUGGAAGGCCAAAGCUUUGUGGACCAAGCUGGACAAAAGAGCUUCCCAUGAAGAUUACCAGCAAGGGAAGGCCUGCAGCAACAACAAGUGUCUGGUGUUGGGUGCUGGACCUUGUGGGCUGAGAACAGCCAUUGAGCUCUCUCUGCUGGGAGCCCAGGUGGUGCUGGUGGAGAAAAGGGAGGACUUCUCCAGGAACAAUGUUCUCCACCUGUGGCCCUUCACAAUCUACGACCUCCGCGAGCUCGGAGCCAAAAAGUUCUACGGCAAAUUCUGCUCCGGAUCUCUGGACCACAUCAGUAUUCGUCAGCUGCAGUUAAUACUUCUGAAAGUGUCUCUCCUCCUCGGGGUGGAGGUGCACACCGGAGUGGACUUUCAAGGCUUCAUAGAACCCUCUGGAGAGAAUGGUUGGAUGGCCAAACUGCAGCCUGAGUCCCAUCCUGCUGCAGCCUUUCAGUUUGAUGUCUUUAUUUCUGCUGGGGGGGGCAGGUUUGUCCCCAAUGGUUUUAAGCGCAAAGAGCUGAGAGGAAAGCUGGCUAUCGGCAUCACCGCCAACUUCAUCAACAGAAACACAGCAGCCGAGGUCAAAGUGCCAGAGAUCAGCGGCGUGGCCCGCAUCUAUAACCAAAAGUUCUUCAAGGAUCUGCUGACCCAGACGGGUAUUGAUUUGGAGAAUAUUGUCUACUACAAAGACGACACCCACUACUUUGUCAUGACUGCCAAGAGGAAGAGUUUGCUGGAAAAGGGGGUCAUUAAGCAGGACAGCAGCGACGUGCUGCAGCUGCUGGCUCCAGCAAACGUGGAUGACAGCGCUUUGCACCGCUAUGCCAAAGAGGCUGCCCACUUCUCCACUGGAGGCAACCUGUCUGACCUGGAGUUUGCCAGGACUCCUUCAGGGAAGCCAGACGUGGCGAUGUUUGACUUUACGUGCAUGCACCGUGCCGAGAAUGCAUCUCUGGUCAGGGAAAGGAGGAACAAGAGGCUGUUGAUGGGUCUUGUGGGAGACUGUCUGGUGGAGCCCUUCUGGCCUCUGGGGACCGGCAUUGCCCGUGGCUUUCUGGCUUCCUUUGAUGCAGCAUGGAUGGUUAGGAGCUGGGGCAUGGGAGCCCCGCCCCUCAAGGUCCUAGCUGAGCGCGAGAGCGUCUACCAGCUGCUCUCCCAGACCACGCCGGAAAACACCAGCAAAAAGUACGCCGGCUACAGCCUCGAUCCCAAAACCCGAUACCAGAGACUCAACCUGUCCUCCAUUCAACCCAACCAGGUGCAGAACCUAUAUGAUGUGGAUAAAUCGCAUCCCAUGAGCAAGACGCCUAAGGAUAAACCUUCCCACGGAACACAAGAUUUAGUCAGCGGUUUUGAGGAACUGCUGAAGUGGUGCCAGCAACACACCAGCAGUUACAAGAAUGUGAAGGUGAAGGAUUUUAGCCAGUCGUGGAGGUCGGGGCUGGCCCUGUGCGCUCUGAUCCACCACUUCAGACCUCAUCUCAUUGACAUGUCGUCCCUGGAUGAAUCCAGCUGCGUUCACAACAACCAGCUGGCCUUCAGCGUCCUGCAGAAGGAGCUGGGCAUCCCUCCGGUCAUGUCUCCCACUGACUUGGCCAACAGCGGUCAGAUAGACAAGUUGUCCAUGGUGCUGUACCUCACCCAGAUCAAAGACGCCUUCACGCUGCCACCUAAAGAACCGUUGGAUUCCCUGCCGUUGUCCAAGGCUGCAACUUUCUCUCGAACCCAAUCGGCUGUGUUUUUCCUGAGCAAACUGAAGCACAACUCUCUGCAAAGACGCAAGGACAAACUGAUGUCUCAACGACGAGCUCCAGCCAUGCAGAGAGGGAUGGAAGAUGAGGACAGGGAUCCGAUUCCAGCCCCCCCUCCAGCGCCUGAACCCGCCCCCCCAAAGGCUCCUCGUCGCCCUACUCUGAAACCGAAGCCCACCGCCUCCGUGAUGAUGGCCAACAGCGAGGAGUGCUACUUCUGUGGUCACAGGGUGUACGUGCUGGAGCGCAUCAGCGCCGAGGGGAAGUUCUUCCACCGGAGCUGCUUCACCUGCCACAAGUGCGGCAUCACACUCAGGCUGGGAGGAUACACCUUCGACGAGAACACAGGGACGUUUUACUGCGAGCUGCACUCUGAGGAGCUGAUGCUUGCGAAUGGGGUUGAAGCGUCUUGUGAGGAUGAUAAAGAGACGGAGCUCUUCAGUGACGAUUACAGCCCAUCACCAUCGGACGAGGACUAUGAAUGCCCCCAACACACCGGCGCACUUCCAUGUGCUCCAGAGGAGCAAAGUCAGCACAUUUUUGAGUCUAAAGACAGCUCGGAAGAGCCUCUUGUGUCCGAAUCGUCCACAGAUCCUCCAGCAACUGAUGAGGUGGAGGAGUCACCGUGUCCGGUCCCAAAGCCACGCCUUUCCCGGCAGAUCACUCCGGACUCUGUUCCGUCCCCCCCAGUGGCAAAGCCGCGUACGAUCCACAUCCAGAGCCCCUCCAUGCCUGAAAAAGCUCCGCCUCCUUCCCUACUGGAAGACGGCCCAAAGCCCGGGUCGGACUCCCAUCCAAAGCAGUCCCUUCGCAAGCUUCAGUUGAGCACCGAGGAGAGAAGUGCUCUGGGAAACCUGCAGAGCUUCAGUGCUGACUCUGACUCCGAGACCCAUGGCGGAUCCUCCUCCUGCUCUUCCUCCUCAGCUAAUGCAGGAGGACCUCUCAAACCGGGACUGGACGGGCAGGAGGAGGAGGGCUACUGGAGUGGGAGCACUGCCAGCCACUUCCGGGAGAAGAAGACUCGACGCUGCCUCAGAAAGAAGGAGAUGCUGAACGGUCAGAGCAGACCCCGGUCCAAGUUCUCCCCCUGGAAUCUCUCCUCCCCGAGGAUCAGCCGAGACCCGAGGCUUAGCGUCCAUGUCGGUCAUCCAGGGAGCGACGCAGAUGGGACCUUUGCACACGUCACCUCGGAGAAGGGCAUCGAUGGAGAUGACGACGACGAUGACGAGGAUGACAUGUUUGAACAAGAUGACGAUGACCAGUUUGAGAUGUUCGAGGUGCCGACCAACCCUCUUCAGGCCCAGAAGCUGGAGCGGAAGAAGACGAGGACUUUGGAGCGCCGCGCCAGGAUGAGUGAAUUACAGCGAUUCCGUCAAGCUCAGUCCAUCCAGAGAAGACUAGAGGAGAUCGAGGUGACCUUUAAGGACCUGGAGCACAAAGGUGUGGAUCUGGAGAAACGUCUGCGAGGAGAGGCUGGACACGACAGUGACUCGCCUGCUGAAGAGUCUGAACCUCAUGAGGAGCCUGAAGUCCUUCCAGCUGCAGGCCCAGACCCAGCCAGCGGAGGCGCUCCAGACAUGAUCGAACAGUGGAUCCAGCUUGUCCAUGAGAAGAACGCCCUGGUGUCUGAGGAGUCGGACCUCAUGGUGGCGUCCCGCCAGCUGGAACUGGAAGACAAGCAGAGUAUGUUGGAGCUGGAGCUCAGGAAGUACAUGGAUCUGAAAGACAAGACGCCAGACGAGCUGGCGGCGGAGGAGAAAAUCCUCCAGGAGAUGAUCGAGGUGGUGGACAUGAGAGACUCUCUGGUUUCCUUUCUGGACGAGAAGAGGCAGAAGGAGAUGAGCGAGGAGCAGGAAGCUUUCACCAUCAUGGAGGCCAAACGCCACUCAAAGAUGGCGUCUCAGGUCCACUGGGCUUGAGACGCCGCUCACACGGACGAAAGCGUUGCCCCCGGCGUGUGAGAGCAGAGACUUUCACUUCCAGAACGCUGAGUUUAGAAAGCCAAAGAGGAUCCAACAGAUGCAACUGAGGAUGGCGUGCAAACAACCUCAUGAAAGCGGCGUGUGGCGGUGGAGGACGUCUGCUUUAAGUUUUAGAAAAUGAUUGAUGGAUGAUGUUGAGCAGACUCGUCCCGUGAAGCGGUAUCGCUCAGAAACGUGUAGAAAAUGUUUAUCUUGAUUCUAAAUUAAGUUUUUACUGAGCAAACAUGACAAACGAUCAGAUGUUGGGUCUUUUUUUUUUUUUCCUUCUGCUUCAUGUUUUUUUUUCUCUCCAAAUUUUGGACGUUUUCGGACCGACGGUGCAGAAGUUCAGAGCUCAGUUCUUUUUAUUGACGACCUUCAACAGGUUGCGGGUGGGAUUUUCCUCACCUCCACCCACCAUGAGAUGGCGGUGGGGAAGUCAGAAUGAAUGAGAAUCAACAUAAACAACUGAAUUUUCUAUUUUUAAAAUGCCAUAAUUUUUUGUUUACAUGUGUUGCUGCAAAUAAGCAAAAAAAAAAAGAAGCUUAAUGUAGAGACUGGAAAGAGCCUUAAACCGCACUCAUCCUCAUCCUGCCGUUCUGUGCCGCCUCAACAGCACAUGUCAAAUAAAAAUCGCACACUUUGAU